UUGUUUCGGCACCAAUUUCACUGCAUUGGCUAUGGACACUCAACAAUCCCCUUUUUUCACGAGAGUUCUCAAAGGAUGAUCCGGACGCUAAACGUCAAUAUGUUGCUAAGAAAUCUCAAGAGAUGUGUCGCGAUUGGUACAAUGAGGAUGGUGCGUUAUGGAAUUUCAUUAUGGACACUGAAACGAAUGCAUCAUGUCCUUGCAUCGAGCGUCAAGCAAAGGUGGAUCUUGGCCGCUUCAUGCCGCAUCCACGUUGCUCUCAGGUGUUUCGUGACAUAACAUGUACGUCGAUGAUUGGUGCAAAGAAUUGCUAUAUGUCAUCGGAAAAUAUCUACGGAACAUACGCUGGUGAUGGAAUGGAGUAUAAAGCCGAGAAAAAUUCGCGUUUUCCAACUCAUUACGGUCAAGUUUGUUGUUAUGACGGAGAAGGAAAAUUGAUGCAAAGUACGUAUCAGCCGGUGAUUAAAGUUAUCGAAAAUACACCAUAUAAUCCCGGUUAUCCACUGAGGGCAUACGAGUUCGGAACUACACCAUAUAUUGGACAGUUUGAGGUGCCAGGUUUAUCAACAUUCCACCAUGACUAUAUGCCAUACUUUUUGUGCUGUGAAGGACAAGGUGCAGGAUCGUUCACAACAAUUGAUGACGAUAAAUUUGUAUUCAACGAACCCGGUGUAUUCACAAUGCUCUACAUACCCAAAACACACGCAAAUCCUGAAGUAAACAUUCAAAUACGUCUCGAGCGAUAUCCGAAUCGCAAAGUGGAUUUCAGUCUGCUGGGCAAAUACCUUGGUCAAGCAGAUUUGGUGCAACCAACGAAUGCGACCGUCAUAACUGGUGUAGCAAUCGAAGCAACUGGAACGGAUCGCGUGAAUGUUUUGGUACGCAAAGAUACAAGAAGAUUCCGCUAUCGAACUAGCGUUAUCGUGGGCAACAUUUUGCGGUAUUUUGAUACUAUGCGAAUUCAGAGAUUCAAAGGUGUACUGGUGUAUGUGAACAAUGUCGAAAGAGGUCAGCCAGAAAUAUAUGUUGUGUUGGAAGAGGCACAGAUCGGUGUUCGUAUACGUGAAUCGUACGCACUGGAUAUUGAUCGCUUAUCAAAUUAUCAGGAGAGCAUGGGUAUGCUGGAUGUCACCCUUAGUGUGCCACCACAAUACGGAGUUCGUCCCGAUGGUGACAAGACUAAAGAGCAAGAGCAACGUCGUUACUAUAAUCUGCCGAAGGUGAGUGGUCUUAUGAGACCGUUCCCAGAUCAGACCUCAGGUGCAUACAUGAAGAGCCUGACUUUGAACGACGUCAAUUCUGAAGCAAUUCGUCAACAGAUUAUCACACAUUAUCGUAUUCCGGGCAGUGGUGAACCGGGCACUGAUCAAAAUAUGGCCGGUACGGUCAACAAUAACAUCCCGAUGGAAAACAUGUUCACUACAAGUCGUGGAGAAGAUAAGAAAUUCGAAGUAUUCCCAGAGGCCUCGAUGAAGAGUGGACCAGUUUAUAAGGCGGCUGAAAAAUACGAAAUAGGUUCAUGUCGAUUCGUACCGCAGACUGGUCAAAUGGUCCAUCAAAUGUUGAUGACAUGCCGCGAUCUUCAGCAAGAUAAACAAAUGAAGAAACAACCCAUGUCGAGUGCAAUAGCGUAUAAUUACGGCGCCAAUAUCUGUCCAAAUAAUCCAGCGCAAAUUGUGCAAGAUUGCGGGGACAGCGUUCCAUGCCUCUACGAUUACGCAAUGCUCAAUUCACGUGUUCUCGGUAUGGAAGCAACCAAUUCUUGGAAUGCGUUCACUCUUGAACGAGGCGUUGCAGUACAGCAUUGUAAGUAG